AUGAUGGCCCCUUAUUCCUCUUCAAAAGGUGAACAACGGGCGACCUCGUUGUCGCUCAAGAAGACUCCAUCGGCGGACGUGUCGGCCGUGCCUGAUGAAGCGCCGGUCUCGGCCCCCGAAACGUUAAAUAUGUACAUGACUACGACACCUGGCCAUUCAAAGCUGUCCGAUCCAUCAAAAGACUUUGAUAACAGGAUCAAAGUGGUCUCGCCUGGCCGUCGCUGGAGAGGGCAAUUAAGACGCUAUUCCUACCUACCGGUGGACCGGAAUACCUUCAGGAUCUGCUGUUCUCCAGGAGUCUGGAAACUGUUCGCAGCUGUCAGGAGGAAGGACCAACGAAAUUAG